UCUAACUUUUCUCUUUACUAUAUCACUAUAGAUCUACUCUAAUUUCAUGUUUAAUUUUGCUUUUCUCUCUUGCAUUUCAAUCGUUGUUACUGUUCCUUUUCUUUUGGCUCAUGAAGAUAGCACAAGUUUCUUUCUUUAUGAUUUGUGGCUGCUGAGGAGGUUAGCACAAUGGAAGAAGAGCCCCUGGAUUCUUGGUUGCAAAUUUCUCUGUCUUCAGAUGGUAUCGAAGAAGACUUACAAUCUAAUCACACAUCUAGUAUCAUUGAAGGCCCCAAUGUCAAUGGCUCCUCUAUGAUUGAUGCUUCUAAUGAAUUCCUGUCAUUAUCGACUAAACUUUUUGAAAACCGAGAAGACCUCAUUAGUGAUGUUCGUAAGAUUGGGUUGUUGCAAGGGUAUGUUAUGGUAAUCAAAAGAUCUAAAGGCAAUAGAUAUGUGGCAAUAGAUAUUCUGGUAAGAUCUAAGAGAUAGAUGCUUUCUGGUAUGAAUAGAUUAUUUGAACUUGAUCUUGUCUUUUUAUGGGGUUAGGCAAACUAAAUUUUGUUAAUUACUUUCUAGUGGAUGGAGCAUGGAACAUGUUGAUGACUUGAUAAGAAGACUAUGUUGUAGAUUGUAGUAUGCUUGUGAAACACAUGUUGCCUUAAGUUUGCAGAUGACAUAUAGGAAGUUUGCAGAUUGUGAAACACGUGAUAUAAUAAACUAUGUAGUUAAUCUUGAUCACCUUGUGAUAUAGUAAUUGGUGGUAUUUUUUACGGUCUGCAUUUUGUUUCUUUGUGCAGAGAGCAAGAAAUUUUUUGAAUUUUUUGAAGUGUGGCUCUCUUUAAGGAAGAGAUGAAAGAAGAAAGUCAUAUUAUUUUAGGGGGCUCUGUUCAAUGUACUUGGUCCGGAGGAUUUUUGUGCAACAUUCCAUGGACUAUGUUAGGGGACAUAAUAGGGGAUUUGAAUCAGUUGACGUAGCUUCAACAAUGACCUCAAAACCGGGAAUUUUUUUCUUGAGACAAGAUAAGGAAAGUAGCACUACACCAGAACCAUUAUUCAUAAAGGAACAGAACCAUUAUUCAUAAAGGAAGACAAGCAUACACAUACCAAUAAUGACAGAUGUUUUGUCGUGGUGAGAGAGAGAGAGAGAGUCUGAGAGUGAAGGGAGAGAGAAAAGAAGGAAGAAAAGACCAAAAAAGAAAAAAGAAAAUAAAAUCUGACUCGAGGGUAUUUUGGAAAGUAGAGAAAGAUGUGAGGGGAGAUAUUAUUAAAAAACUGAAAAUGAGUGCAAUUUGCAAUUUGGGAAGUGCAAAUUUUACUCCCCAAAAGAAGGAAAACAGUGUGCAAUUUUAGCAAACCAGAAGGACUAAAAUUGCAAUAACUCCAAAUGUUUAAAACCUCAAAGUCGUCGACUGUAGUACGAUGAACUUCUACAAUCAAGUUCGUUUGACCAACUUCUGUCAGACAUGGUUUGCCCCAUAAUAGCAUAGUUAAUGUUGCUAUCAUGUCAUACAACUCAGCUGUACGUUCUCCAGAGACCAUGUUUAGCGUCCAGGUAUUUGGUGCUGAGCAGGAUCAGGUGGAGGGAGAAAACAAGUCCGCCAUGAAGUUGCAGAAAAGCUACUUCGACGUGUUGGGCCUUUGCUGCUCAUCCGAAGUUGCUCUGGUGGAGAAUAUCUUGAAGCCUCUUAAUGGUGUUAAAGAGGUCUCAGUCAUUCUCCCUUCUAAAACUGUCAUUGUCGUCCAUGAUAGUCACCUCAUUUCCCAGAUUCAGAUUGAUGAGGCUAUGAAUGAAGCAAGGCUAGAAUCAAGUGUCAAGGUGCACGUGGAGAAUUACAAGAAAAAAUGGCCUAGUCCAUAUGCAAUUGCUAGUGGUGUAUUGCUGCUCCUAUCAUUGUUAAAGUAUGUAUACAGCCCAUUACAGUGGUUGGCCCUAGGAGCAGUAGCAGCUGGUAUUUUUCCCAUUUUAAUGAAAUGCGUAGCUUCAAUUCGGAAUCUUAAGAUUGACAUCAACAUUCUCGUCAUUGUUGCAGUGAUUGGAACAAUUGCUAUGAGUGAUUAUGUGGAAGCUGGUACUAUAGUCUUCCUGUUCACCAUUGCAGAGUGGCUUGAAUCCAGGUCGCGUCAUAAGGCAAAUGCAGUGAUGUCAUCUUUGAUGAGCAUGGCCCCCCAAAAAGCUGUCCUAGCAUCAACAGGAGAUAUUGUGGAUGUUGAUAUGGUUGAGUUGAAUACAAUUCUUGCUGUUAAGGCUGGUGAAGUUAUACCAAUUGAUGGAAUUGUUGUGGAAGGCGAAGCUGAAGUGGAUGAGAAGACGCUAACUGGAGAGUCAUAUCCAGUUGCUAAACUAAAGGACUCCACUGUCUGGGCUGGCACUGUCAAUGUCAAUGGUUACAUUAGUGUCAAAACUACAGCCUUAGCUGGAGAUUGUGUGGUUGCUGAAAUGGCUAAACUUGUGGAAGAGGCCCAGAACAGAAAAUCCAAAACUCAAAGAUUUGUUGAUAAGUUUGCAAAGUUCUACACUCCAGCGGUCCUAUUCGUAUCUGUUUCUGUUGCGGUGAUUCCAGCUGCUUUACAUGCUCCUAAUUGGAGCAAAUGGUUUCACUUAGCUUUGGUAGUUUUAGUGAGUGCUUGUCCAUGUGCUCUCAUCCUCUCUACACCUGUUGUAACUUUCUGCACACUCACGAAUGCUGCAACGUCUGGCCUUCUGAUCAAAGGGGGUGACUACCUCGAAAUUCUUGGCAAAAUCAGGACUAUGUGUUUUGACAAAACUGGUACAAUAACAAGUGGGGAGUUUUUCGUGAUGGAUUUUCAAUCUCUUCGCGAGGACAUCAGCUUGAACACAUUGCUUUACUGGGUUGCAAGCAUUGAGAGAAAGUCGAGUCAUCCAAUGGCAGCUGCACUGGUUGACUAUGGAAGAUUGCAUUCAAUUGAGCCAAAGCCUGAAAACGUGGAGGAAUUUCAAAAUUUUCCAGGCCAAGGCAUUCAUGGAAGAAUUGAUGGACAAGAUGUUUACAUUGGAAACAGAAAAAUUGCUUUGAGAACUACUUCUGGAACAGUUCCAACCAUGGAAGACUAUGGAAAUGCUGGGAAGACGAUUGGAUACAUAUACUGUGGAGGAACCCCUGCAGGAAUCUUUACACUGUCUGAUACUUGUCGAUCUGGGGCUGCAGAGGCUGUUCGGGAGCUGAAGGAAAUAGGCAUUAAAACAGCUCUUCUCACAGGAGAUAGUCAUACUGCAGCUAUACAUACAAAUGAGCAGCUUGAGCAAGCUUUUGAAGUGGUCCAUGCAGAACUUCUACCUGAAGAGAAGGCAAGAAUUGUUAGUGAAUUUAAGAUGGAAGGAUAUACAGCUAUGGUUGGAGAUGGUAUCAAUGAUGCCCCUGCUUUAGCCACAGCCGAUAUUGGUAUCUCAAUGGGAAUUUCAGGGUCAGCCCUUGCUCAAGACACUGGGAAUGUGAUUUUAAUGUCGAAUGACAUUAGAAACCUACCAAAAGCGAUCCAGCUUGCAAAAAGAGCUAACAGGAAAGUGAUUGAGAAUGUCACUUUGUCAAUGACUCCUAAGCUAGCUGUCCUUGCACUAGCCUUUGCUGGUUAUCCACUUGUUUGGGCUGCAGUUCUUGCUGAUGCGGGGACAUGCGUACUUGUAAUUCUCAACAGCAUGCUACUUCUGCAAGGAAGUAACAAGAAUGGAGACAACUCUGAACAACCUGAUGUCCUUCAUCCUGUAAGCAACAAGCAUAGCCUAUUGCCUCGUAUAAACCAGCAGUGUUGUUCGGACAGUACUCACAGUAGCACUACACAAGUGUGCAAACCACAGAAGUGUUGUUCCAACAGUAACGCUGCAGAAGUAUGCAAACCACAAAAGUGUUGUUCUCAGAGGUCUGGAACAGAGUGCCUGCCUAGUCCUUCCAAUUCAGGUAUGGCUAGGAAUGAUGAGUGCAUGAACUCGAUUGAAAGUAAUUGUUGCCUUACCAGUGAUGUCUGUGACUCCACCAGCUGCAAAAGUAAUGGUUCCAAAGUUUCAUCUCUUACUGUGCCAUUAUUGCAUGAUUGCCCUUGAAGAUGUGGCUUAGACAGAAAAUUACAUCAAAGAUGAAGUGAAAAUACUACGAAACUCAUAAUCUAGAACAUUGAUCAUUUCUAUUUGUAUUCGCAUUGAUGUUUGUAUUCGCAUUGGUAUCUCAAUGGGAAUUUCAGAUGGUAUCAUUUUCGAAUAAUAUAAUGUGGUAUAAAAAAGCAGGUUUUGAUAUCAA